CGUGCCGCAGGUGGCAGCGAUGGCCCAGUGCUGAGCGCCCCGCCAUGGCCGGCGCCCCGGGGCCGCUCCGCCUGGCGCUGCUGCUGCUCGGGGCGGUGGGCAGGGCCGGCCCCCGCCCCCAGGGUGCCACGGUGUCCCUCUCGGAGACUGUGCAGAAAUGGAGAGAGUACCGACGCCAGUGCCAGCGCUUCCUGACCGAGGCCCCGCCCCCGGCCGCAGACCUCUUCUGCAACCGGACCUUUGAUGACUAUGCCUGCUGGCCGGAUGGGUCACCAGGCUCCUUUGUGAAUGUCAGCUGCCCCUGGUACCUACCCUGGGCCAGCAGUGUGCUGCAGGGUCACGUCUACCGCUUCUGCACCGCGGACGGCCUGUGGCUGCACAAGGAGAACUCAAGCCUGCCCUGGAGGGACCUGUCCGAGUGUGAGGAUUCCAAGCGAGGGGACCGCAGCUCCCCGGAGCAGCAGCUCCUGUCUCUUUACGUCAUCUACACGAUGGGCUACGCGCUCUCCUUCUCUGCGCUGGUCAUCGCCUCGGCCAUCCUCCUGGGCUUCAGACACCUGCACUGUACCCGGAACUACAUCCAUCUGAACCUCUUUGCAUCCUUCAUCCUCCGAGCACUGUCCGUCUUCAUCAAGGACACGGUCCUCAAGUGGAUGUAUGGCACGGCCGCCCAGCAGCAUCAGUGGGACGGGCUCCUCUCCUACCAGGAGUCUCUGGGCUGUCGCCUGGUGUUCCUGCUCAUGCAGUACUGCGUGGCAGCCAACUACUACUGGCUCCUGGUGGAGGGGGUGUACCUGUACUCGCUGCUGGCCCUGUCCGUCUUCUCCGAGCAGCGUGUCUUCAGGCUCUACCUGAGCAUUGGCUGGGGAGUCCCCCUGCUGUUUGUCAUCCCCUGGGGCAUCGUCAAGUACCUCUAUGAGGACGAGGGCUGUUGGACCAGGAACUCCAACAUGAAUUACUGGCUCAUAAUCCGGCUGCCCAUCCUCUUCGCCAUCGGGGUGAACUUCCUCAUCUUCGUCCGGGUCAUCUGCAUUGUGGUGUCCAAACUGCAGGCCAACCUCAUGUGCAAGACAGACAUCAAGUGCAGGCUCGCCAAGUCCACGCUGACACUCAUCCCCCUACUGGGGACGCAUGAGGUCAUCUUCGCCUUCGUGAUGGACGAGCAUGCCCGGGGAUUGCUGCGCUUCGUCAAACUAUUCACUGAGCUCUCCUUCACCUCCUUCCAGGGGCUGAUGGUGGCCAUCCUGUACUGCUUUGUCAACAACGAGGUCCAGAUGGAGUUCCGGAAGAGCUGGGAGCGCUGGCGGCUGGAGCACCUGCACGUCCAGAGGGAGAACAGCAUGAAGCCCUUCAAGUGUCCCACCAGCAGCCUGAGCUGCGGGGCCACAGCAGGCAGCAGCGUGUACGCAGCCUCCUGCCAGACCUCCUGCAGCUGAGACUCGGGCGCCUCCCUCCCUGUGGUCUCACUGCCGGCCUGGGCGGCCACCCCAGGUGGGAGAGACCCUCCCAGGGACUGGGGGGCAGGGGGCUGGGGGAGCACCAGAGGCAGACACACUACUUCCCUGCAUUCCCGUCCCGAGCCCAUCAGACAGGCAAAUGGGCAGUGCCUCCUGGGACCUGAGGACACAUUUUAUUCUGAGGAGAAGCAACCUGUUAAUUUGAUCACUGUGGCAGGUGGAGAGGAAAAAGCUAUUGCUGCUAAAACGAGGAGGAUUUCUUCUCGUUAAGCCACAAGGCCCCUGGGGUUCCCCCAGAGAAGAACAUCAGCCCCAGACUCAAACUCAAGGUCAAUGGCUUA